GAACUAUCGAGAUUAUUCGCACAUCAAGACACAGCUGAACAUGCGGACAGCUUAGGGAUAAGCAGUUUUCUACGACCUACAUAUCCUCUUCCUGCUUCACCUCCCUUCCGUCUGCGGACGAUCUCUACCUUUGUGAACAAUCAGCUAAGAUGUUGCCCUAUAUCAAUGCGCCCUUUGAAUAUGUCGGCAGCUUACUUGGAACUUCGGCAGACGAGCUCAAGCUUGUUUUCUCGUUCUACCUCUCAUACCCUCUAGCUGGUGUUCUUAAGCGGAUACCAGACAAGACGCCAUGGCAGAAGAACGCUUUCAUCAUAGCUGUUGCUAUGUUCUACCUCGUUGGCCUGUUCGAUCUCUGGUACGGUCUACGAACUAUUUUCAUCAGCGCUGCAGGUGCAUACGCGAUUGCAUCGAAGAUCAACUCACCGUUCAUGCCUUGGAUUGGAUUCGUCUUUCUGAUGGGGCACAUGUCCCUAAACCACAUCUAUCGCCAAUCAGUCAAUGACGCAUCCGCGGUCGACAUCUCCGGUGCUCAGAUGGUCCUCGUUAUGAAGCUAACGGCGUUCUGCUGGAAUGUCCAAGAUGGUCGUCUCCCUGAAGCAGAGCUCUCAGAGUUCCAGAAGGACCAUGCUGUCAGGACCAUGCCCAGUGUUCUGGACUAUGCCGGCUACGUACUGUUCUUCCCUGGUUUCAUGGCAGGUCCUGCAUUCGACUACUGCGACUACAGCCAGUAUAUCACCACUACGAUGUUCACACUUCCACCAGGAAUGGACCCAUCGAAGGCACCGCUCACGAGGAAGAAACGGAAGAUUCCUCGCAGUGGCACUCCAGCUACUAUCAAAGGCAUCUACGGAACGCUCUGGAUCAUUGCAUUCCUCAAGUUCUCUGGCUGGUACUAUCCCUCUUUCUUCCUCAGCAAUGAGUACAUGCAAUAUGGAUUUCUGCGAAGGGUUUGGCAGCUGUACAUGCUCGGUCUCACUACUCGUAUGAAGUACUAUGGUGUUUGGAGUCUCUCCGAAGGUGCCUGCAUCUUGUCCGGCAUUGGUUACAACGGCAUCGACCCCAAGACCGGACGUGCGAAGUGGGAUCGCCUCACCAACAUUCGACCCAUCGCCAUCGAGACCGCUCAGAACACACGUGCGUUCUUGGGCGAAUGGAACAUCAACACCAACUUGUGGCUGCGCAACUACAUGUACCUUCGUGUCACGCCCAAAGGACAGAAGCCAGGUUUCGGCGCUACUCUCGCAACGUUCGUAACUAGCGCCUUCUGGCACGGCUUCUACCCAGGUUACUACAUGGCGUUCGUCCUGGCGGCUCUGCUUCAAGCUGUCGCAAAGAAUGGUCGACGUUUGAUCCGCCCUUCCUUCCUUGCCGCCGAUGGCAAAACAUCGCUGCCGACCAAAAUCUAUUACGACGUCUUUACAUUCUUGCUUACACAGCUGGCAUUCUCUUUCACGGUCGCUCCGUUCAUCCUGCUAGGCUUUUCGGAUACGUUGAAGGUCUGGGCAGGAGUGUACUUCUACACCCUGAUUGGUGUCGCUGGCUGCUUUGGCCUUUUCUCUCGCUCUUUGCCAUUCCGCAAGCAGUUGCAGCAACGUCAGUCUGUGCGGUCAGCACCGACAUCUGCCGCUGAUCUGGACGUAUCAAACAUUGAGCAGAUCGCCAAGGAAGAGAUCAAGAAAGACAACCUCACCAGGACAAACUCGAUGGCCAGCACUACCAGCAGCAGGAGGGCGCCCACGCUGGGAAUCGCGGACGACCCAGAAGCGGAGCUCGACGCCAUCGUUGCCCAGGUCAAGCGUGAAAUUUCGGAUCGAAAAAGGCGAGGAAGCGCGCUCCAAGGCUUCGAUGUCAAGAAAGCAAUUCAGGAGAAGAUCAAAGAGUUCAAGAGUACCUGAGUGGUGGCACAUGCGUAACUUGUCUUUUGCAAAGCCAUGAAGUAGGAGCUUUGCUUCUUUGACGACGGAGGCAGAGCACCGUCAGCGAAGCGCAACUGAUGCGUCAACAUCGGGCUCACCUUGAAUGUGUGUUCUGACCGCAGAGGUAAGUAGAUGCACUACAGGCACGAACCUGCACUGUUUUGCUCCAGCACCAUAUACAACCAUCAAUAUACCAAUCCAUAUAAUGUACUGGACCAUGCUCUUGUAUCCGCAGCACCAUCUCCCUUUCUCGGUCGUUCUCCAGCUCUUGAGGGGUUUCUCGG